AUGCCCGACAUAUACAAUAAUCAGCUUCUUGGAAACAAUCAGAUACUAAAGGAUCAAAGACAAAACAUAAAGAUGAGCGGCCCGGAAGAUCUUCCUACACCUACUAAUUCACAAUCCACAGACGGCUCGGACGAAACUGCAAGGGCUUCGACACAAGAUCAGACUCAAUUUCAAUUUGAGAGUCAUACGGGAACUCUGGAAGUCGCAAUGGAUGCCAGUCAGAACGACGAAUGGGGCGAUGAGGAUGGCGAAUUCGAAUUAGAGGAAGACAUGUCCGAAUCAGUAGUACCAACAGUUAAUGCUGAUAACGUAGUAAACGCCCCAGAUCCGAUUGUCAAAGGCGAAAACGAACAGCCAAAAUCAGUGGAGAGUUUACCAGAAACCAUAAGAUAUGGCCGUAACGCGCACAAACCAUCUAUCAAUAUACCACAUGAUCCGGAAGAAGCGAGUAAAAAUGAGUCGAAAGCCCCGCAAUCACAAAGAAGAAAGUCUUCUAGUCGACCAAAGAGGGCUGCAUCCAAAUCACCAACUGCAAUGAAACGUCCUCGUGAUCAACCGCUCGCAGAUGCAGAUGACAUUGUAUGUUCUUUAUGUCAUGAUGGGAAAUCCCCCAAGCGUAAUAGAAUAGUCCUCUGUGAUGGGUGUGAUACUCCUUAUCAUCAACAAUGUCAUGAUCCAAAGAUUGACGACCAAAUUGUAGACACUGCGGAAACCAACUGGUACUGUCACAAAUGUUCUCAACUCAAACGGCGUAAAUUGGCAACGGAUGUUUCUGGACAGGGGAUUAGUAAACAAACGAAAUAUUCGUAUCUAUACAGUUUACGGAAGGAAGAUUUAAUCGAACUACUCUUUUUUGCCGAAAACACAAGCCCUCGUCUGCCUUUUUAUCCGAGUCGUUUAAGAGAGCGUAUUGAAACGUUGUCUCCUCCGCAAGAUCAUCCACAAGCUUUUACUCCAUCGGCAACUGUUUCAUUAACGUUAGACAAUAUAAAUGGAAUAAAAGGUACGUGCGAAACAAACUCUCAAAGUCCUCCAACACAGCAAAGCGUAUCCCCAAUAUCACCUACAAUGCCGCUAACAACUCCAAAUGGCGGCGAGGAGGAGAAUAAGUACAAGAAUGCCGAACUGCCCUCUUAUGAAGAGAUGAUCGUGAGAGCUGCUACAGCAAUAAACGAUCCAAGUGGCAGUGCUCCUAAACACCUGUUUGAUUGGAUGAAUGCUAAUUACAAGCUUCACAAGAACUUUCGUGCAUCGGCUUCUCAGGCAUUACAAAAAAUUGUAAAGAAGGGUCGUCUUAUUCGAAAUGGGAGUGCAUAUAAAAUCAAUCCCGACUAUAUUCCUCCACAGAAUAAUCGUAGGAAUUCAAAAAAACCUUUGAUAACUGAUGAGCCAUCAUACAAAACACUUGCUGCUGAUGCAAUGGUUACUCCUGAAAGUGAACCCAACGAAAAUGCACUGGCUCAUCCGUCACGUUGA